AUGCGGGGCUUGGGGGGGGUCGUGCAGGGCGAGGGGUGGUGCGGAGCCGCGGUGGAAGGGUCUGGGGGGGCGGGGGGGGAGGUUGUUGGGGCUGUUGUUCCUCAGCAGCAGCAAACGAGGAAAAGGUUUAAAAGGACCUCCGAGUACAUUUAUGAGGAGCUGUUUCUGAGUGGCAAUGGCAGCGACAUCAAAAUCCGUGCCCUGGGAAAAGAGUGGAACCUGCACAAGGUGUAUCUGUGCCAGUCAGGGUACUUUUCCAGUAUGUUCAGUGGACAUUGGAGAGAAUCCAGCAUGGACACCAUUGAGUUGGAAAUUUCUGACGAAAACAUUGAUGCAGAAGCUCUCCACGUGGCUUUCAGCUCACUCUACCAGGACGAUGUUUCAAUAAACCCGGAAAAAGUGGUUGCGGUUUUAGCAGCAGCCUCCAUGCUGCAGUUGGACAACUUAAUGGAGCAAUGUGCUGAGAUAAUGAAGGAAACCAUUAAUGCAGAAACUGUCUGUGAUUACUAUAAUUCAGCGGAGAUGUAUGGGUUGCCCUUCAUGAAGAAAAAAUGCCUUAAAUGGCUCUUGAACAACCUGAUUACUCACCCACGAGUUGAAGUCUUCAAAGAAAUCAGUAUAAACCUCAUGGAGCAGCUGAUCAGCUCUUCCAACCUGCUUGUAAUGCAAGUGGAAAUUGACGUGUAUAGCACUCUCAAAAAGUGGAUGUUCCUUCAACUCGUGCCUUCUUGGAAUGGGACGUUGGAACAGCUCUUAUCUGAAGCUGAUGCCUGGUUUGCCCAGUAUCGGAAAGAUUUUGGGCGUGCCGUUCCAUUCCUGAGCUCAGAACAGGGGAAGGUGUUCCAGUCAGUGUUCAGACGCUUGAGAUUGCAGUAUAUCAUCAAUGACGUGACAUCAGCUGGAAUAAUUGACAACGAUUACCUCAUACCCCCCGCGUGGCUGUGCUCUAUUUACAAACAGCAGUGGUUGACCAUGCUCAGAACAUAUGAAGGCAGUGAUAUCGGGCCUGAAGAAAUAAGUGAAGAGACACUGGAAGAAAACAGCAUGCGAUGUGGUCGGGUGCUUGAGGAGGAUGGUGAAUUCGCCUGGAGCUGGUCUGGGUUCAACUUUGGCUUUGACCUCCUCGUUAUUUAUACAAAUCAGUGCAUCGUUUUCAAACGGAAUACACUGGAUGAGCUGAGCAGUGGCUCAGUCAGUCUGCAGCCCAUGAGAAACGUGGCCUUCAGGUUAAGUCUGGCCUGCUUUGAUGACGAUGGGACAAAGAUUUUCAAGAGAACAACAGGAUAUCAGAUCCUAAGUUUUGGGAAUGACGAGGAGCAAGUAGUGAUAAAUUUCCUCGAGGAAGAGAGACGCCCCUUCUUCCCGCUCUACAUCAGCUGCAACUUCCAGUACACUACGCCGGAGGGAGGCACCACCAGAUAAUGCGGAAAACUGACACCUCUUCAGUGGAACAGGGGAGCCCUUCCACACUUCAACAAGAGAAAAGAGCCAUACAGCAGCAGCUCUCAGCUAGGAUUCUGUGGAAUGCUGACCACAGACACGAGCCAAAUCCCAGUUUUUUAAACUUUUUGUGACUUAUUUUAACUUUUAUGUUGGGAAUCUAUCCCGUUUUAGCUCAGGAAUUUGUGACCUUUCAGUGCCUUUGGAGCUGUAGGUGUUAACACACUUUUAACAUCAGUUAAGCAGCCUCAAAAGAUCCAAGGGAAGAGCCCCGACCAAGGCAUUCCUUUUCAGCUGGUUUGGCGAGUGGGCCGAGCGUGCACUGUAUUUAUUCUUUGUCCGAGUCAGGUUUUAUGUUCGUCCGUCUAAAUUUGAAUUCUUACAGCAGGACAUUUGAAUUAAAAUUUAGAAUUCUGCCUCUUUAGUAGGCUAAUUUUUUCAUGUUGUUAUAAAAAUAAAGUCAAUUGUACUUUACCAUUUUUACUUUUAU